AUGGUGAGUGGAACGGGCGGGGAGGGCAGAGAAUCCUGCUUGCCAAGACCCCUGCAGUCCUUCCUCCCCUCCCCUGAACAGCUGCCAAGGUUACUUGACUGGGAUGUCUACCAGCGUCUUCGAGCAGUAAAGCCAAACAAAGCCUCAGGCCCUGAUAACAUCCCACCGAAACUGAUUAAAGAGUUUGCCUGUGAGCUGACUUCUCCCCUCUGCCACAUCCUCAAUGCGUCAUUUGCAACUGGCGUGGUCCCUCACCAGUGGAAGCAAGCCGUGGUUGUGCCUGUUCCAAAGUCCCAACCUGCUACACUGGACAAGUUGAGGCCCAUAUCACUGACCCCCCAGUUUGCUAAGAUUGCGGAAUUCUUUGCCUCUAAGUGGAUUACAGACGACAUUAAGCUAGACCAACGGCAGUUCGGCAGCUUAAAGGGCCGCUCCACGGUUCACGCCCUCUUAAGCCUGGUGGACAGACUAUCCCUUGGAGCCGACACACCAGCAACCAUCAGCACCAUUGUAGCCACUGAUUUUACUAAGGCUUUUGACAGAGUGGACCAUAAUACAGUGAUCACUAAGCUACUCAACAAGGGUUUGAGGCCCGAGCUCGUUCCGUGGGUGUGCGACUUCAUUUCUGCGAGAAAACAGAGAAAACCCACCACUGUUACCCCCACUGCGGAUUGA